AUGCACCUACAACAAAGAACGGAUCUUGUCAAGAACAUUGCUACGCGUCCUGGUAGAGGAGGUCAGGCAACAUACUUGUCUAGUUUGGAGGGUACAUAUAUGGAAUACGUGGUACUUCCAUCAUCAUGUGGAGAUUAUGAUGAUACAUAUUUAGAAGAAGAAGUUGUUCCUAGUCAAAACGAGGAUGGCGCAUUUGUUUAUUAUGGAGAUUACAAUGAUCAAAUCCCAGAUAACUUUGAACAUGCAGCUGAACAUGUUUAUGGAGACGGACAUGUAGAAGACGAAUAUGAACAUGAUGGAGAUGACGAUGAGGACGAUGACGAUGUUGAGGAUGAUGAGGAGGAGGAUGCGUACGAUGAUGAGGAUUUGUAUGAUGAUUAUGAUGUUGAGUCGGAGGAUUUAUGA